GAUAUUCCCUAGGCGUUGCCGUGGAGGAGCGACCGCGUUGUUAGCGCACGCUGCCCAGCGCACACGGCGUGUUGUGGGAUAUCCGGCGCAAAUUUGCCCGAUACUCGAGUCCGUCGUUGCACAACCCGGAGGUAGUUUCGCGAACCUGGCUGUUUCCUGGACACCGUCACCAUUGCACGCUUCAAGGUUGUGCGGGACGGCAGCGGCAUGGCGAGCGGCACGGCGACGCUCAGCGAGGAACUGCGCGAACCUCCGGAUCGGGGCCUUCUCGAACGAGAGGGCAGUCCGGACAACGGCCGGGGAUUCUCUGAGCCCCGGUUUCCCCCGAUGAAUCCCGGUAACUCGGACGGACCGGUCAAGCCCCGUGUUCGCUGCAUGGACGUGAACCUGUACGCGACCAAGAAGAGCAUCGCCCAGGGCAUGAUGGACAUCGCCCUGCUCACUGCCAACGCGUCCCAGCUCAAGCACCUCCUGCACGAGGGGCCGGAGGUCAACCGCUUCUUCGGGCUCACCGUCGCCUGCGUGGCGCUCUCUAUCGCACUUCAAGUACUCGUCGGCGUACUACUCAUCUUCAAUGGCCGUUACAACAUCAACAAGACCCACCAGCAGCGUCGUGCCGAAACCCUCAACAACCUCGUCAUUAUCGGCGUCUUCCUCAUCACAGUCAUCAACAUUUUUGUGUCUGCAUUCAGUGGGCCAGACACUCCACGCUGGGUCAGUGAAAAAUCCAGAAUACCCUGAGCAAGUUCAGUCAGUGACGUACUAUUUAUCGGUCCGCGCCUCCAACGCCGAGACAACGUUCGACAACUUGUCGAGCGGAACGCCAUUUUCUUUUUGUCUCGACGUGCGGCCAACAAGAUAGCACCGUUGCCCAGACCAGCCGAGCCGUACGUCCACACCGUUUUGAAAUGUCAUCUUCCGUGGCAAGCCGUCGUUCAUGGCGCGAGUUUGGCAAGGAGAGACCUUGGCACGCCGGCCUGCACGAGAGGCUCGGCCGGCAUUGUGACAAGCCACGGACAUGAGUGCAAGAGGGCGAGCCACGCCAUCUCCAGGAGACUGGGGACCGCCACCCAGACGGACCAGAGGCUGUUGCACCGGGAACUGCCGUCGACGGCCGUCACGCCGCCGAAGACGAACAUCUGUCCGCUCUCGGACACUGCUGCGGAGUGGAAGUAGACUGGACUCGGGAGGGACAUAGGCAACUUGGUCCACUGAAGUUUCCGCAAGUCCAGCUGCCACAGGUCAUCGAGGACUUGGGUGCCGCUGUGGCCACCGCAAACGAAGGCACCUGCGUGUGGGUCGGUGUGUGAUCGUGGGACGGAGCUUAAGAAAAGGCGAGGCAAGGUCUUAGUCGGUUUGCCGGAGUGACCUCUUUUUUAGGCCUCGAACUUGGCCUGUCUUCGUUUGGCUUGUACCUUGACGAGUCGUAAUGUGGCUCGAUUACAGGCGGGACAGAGUUUAAGAAAAAAGAAAAACAAGGUCCGAGUACUCGCAAUUAUUGUUUUAGUCUUUUCCAGCAAAGGUGAGAGUAUUGAUGCUUGACACUGUGAUUUUUUUCUCCCCUUUCAUGUCCUUAGGCAGUACCAUUCUAUAAGUCAUAAAGAUGCUGCCACGUAAGCUUUGUUAAGCAGAACAAGAGCUUGCCAGAUUUUAUUGUGAUGUUUUCGCCUAACACAAGCUAGAGGAAAUGAGCACUAAAAAAAUAUUUGCUCGACGGCUGAGACAAGAAAUUACACAUUGCUUCGCUGCCUCUUGCUGCUACGACACGCGGUUACUCAAGAAAUAAAAGAUGCCAGAAAUGCCAAUGAUUAGCUUUUGCACUGCUGCUCCAGGCCCUGUAACUGUAUUGUGACUUUACCUACAAUAAAGGGGCCUAUGAGGCAUUUUAUAAUGCAGCUAGCACUGCCUAUGAAUGGAAAUCAUUGCCAUUAAAGAUACCAUGAGAUGUUUUAUCUCGAUUUAACCGAUCAUGGUCUAAAGGUACCUAAUCUCCCAUUUUUUUUUAGUUCUCCACAUUAAAAGGUAGCACUGCCAAAAACCUAGCAGCGUUAACCUGGCUAGAAUAAGUUGUAAGUGUUCUUUUGCCAGCUCAUACCAACAAUUUGGAUAAAUAAAUGAAUGUUCAUCACAA